GUGCACAAAAAUUUCUUUAUUUCCCCAAUGUGAGGUUUAAUUUGGUUAACUAUUUAUAUACAUAAUGGGGAACGCAGGUAGUAAUCAUCCCAAGGAAUGGCAUAAAGAUGCUGCAGCCAAACCAACAGGCGCUGGUCCGUCUUCCCCAACCAAAGACGGCGAGGCUUUUACGUUUGACAAAAAGGUAGACGACGAUCGCAGUGGAAGAGAUGACGACAAUAACAUUGAGGAUGGGGCUCCUUAUUAUACCAAGGCCGUGCCUGAGAGCGAAGAAGAAUUCGGUGUUAUGCGAGAACGAUCGAACACGUUGACUGAAGGAAGUAAAUCUACGGACGAAUCGAAAGUGUUGCCCACUGUGUUUAGAUGGGAAGGGGGUGGUAAACAGGUUUUCAUUAGUGGAACAUUUACUGACUGGAAGACAAUUCCUAUGGUCAAGAGUCAUGGAGAUUUUGUGACCAUAAUAGACCUCCCAGAAGGGGAGCACCAGUACAAGUAUUUUGUGGAUGGGGAGUGGCGCAAUGACCCUUCAGUGAAAUUAGUUGACAAUGGGAUGGGAUCCAAGAAUAAUUUGGUAAAGGUGAAGUUAUCGGAUUUUGAGGUGUUCCAGGCUCUGGCUAAGGACAGUGAAGGAGUACACAGCAGCGCCCAGACUGAGUAUUCACAGGAAAUUCCACAAGCUAAACCAUGGGAGAAGGUAUCAGGGCCGCCAAUAUUGCCCCCUCACCUAUUACAAGUCAUAUUGAACAAAGAUACACCACUUUCAUGUGAACCAACUCUCCUACCAGAACCAAACCACGUGAUGUUGAACCAUCUAUACGCGCUGUCAAUCAAAGAUGGAGUCAUGGUACUAUCCGCGACCCAUAGGUAUCGGAAGAAAUAUGUUACCACCCUUCUGUAUAAGCCAAUAUAGGUCAAGGUGCCAUGCUAGUUAUAAAGUCGAACGGCCCCCGUAGACGGAUCAUUUUUUUUAGCAAUAUAUAGUAUAAUCCCAUUCUUCACUGCCAGCGACCCGCUGGGUUCUCUAUUCGUAAUGGGCGCUUUUCGCUAGAUAUGGGCACAGGGCGGACACGCCAUACAUCAAAAAUCACUUGCGUUUCUAUGUGUGAACGGCACGUCUGUACACGUGUCAUGCGUCAUAGUGCGAGUAAGUUGCUUAAAAAUAGUACAGAACGGCCGUCAAUUUGGUGUCGCGGGGCGAGGUAAUUCGAGCUGGGGCGGGGCGGUGCGUGGCCGUUCUGUAUGAUAAUACUAUUACUUAUUCUGUGACAUGGGUUUUCCAGUGUUAUCGGUUACGAACGUAGCACGUAGUAGCUCGCACUGGCAGUGAAUUUGUUAAGGCUCGGCCACGCAUUAAAUUAAAAUAAUAACAAUUUGAGUCCCAAACAUAGGCGUCACAAAACGUUUGAGGCGUUUUACGCGUCCUGAUAAGUCAAUGUGUUAAAAUUGAUCAACAAGUGUAAGAAAUAAAACUAUGAAAACGGAUUAUAUCGCGUAUAUUGAAUUUAUAAUACAUCCCGACGUUUCGAACCCUUUACAGCGAACGUCGAAACGUCAGGAUCAAUUCAUAGUUUUAUUUCAUGAGUAACUAUCGCGGUAACCGUAGACAAUAUUAAGUGUAAGAAACUUGAUCGUCAAUGGGGGUCUAAGGUUGUACACGUAUGUACAGGUAUGUAUAGUGGAACAAUUUGACUUAAGACCAUGAAAGAAGAGUGAUGCACUCGCAUAGUAAAAAAAAUUAUUCGUAUCUACCGCUCUAUCUCUAUCGCUCUUGCAUAUUCGAGCGACAGAGAUGUUGCCGUGGCUCCUAGCUAUGGGCUCUAUUGCUUAGGCAAUAGUCUAAAAUGAAAGUUUUUACUUUUAUUUAUAUUAUGCAUUAGACUAGCUAGAUCAUAAAUGUGUCGAUUAACUUCAAACGGGUAAAUCCAUUCGACCCUCAGCAAUAUCUACCCUAUUACCGUUUCUUAUUACCAAAAUUGCAUAAUCUGACAGAUGGAUUUACUUACCCGAGUUUGAAGUUAAGCGACUUAUCCAUGAAGGCGAGCGUUCGGGAAUUUCAUUCCAUCAAGGAAAUUCUUGAGCGUUUUGCCGUUCACCAGAAUAACGGAGUGUGAAUCGAAGUGGAAUCGAAGGCCCAAAGAUGGACCAACGAUCUAGUUAAGAUCAUAGAAAACCGUUGAAUAAAUAGUAGGUAUAAACCUACUUUUAUUUACAUAAAGUUUAUUACACAAAUACAAAAAAAAGUACAAAUGGGGGAGAUAAAAGCCUAAAGGUGUUCUCUACCAGUCAAAAAUAAGAAAAUAUAUGUUUGGAACUACUUAUUGCAAACAACUCAAGGUCAAUUAAACUACAUAUAAAAUACACAAAUAACAAGACUACAAGUUAUUAGCAGUUAGCAGUAUAUUAAUUGGUAUAGUAGGUACUUUUGUGUCAGAGUCAAAUUGUUUGAUUGUACUUGCCUUUUCAAUUUGUUCAGCAGUGUGCCUAGGUAAUUAUGUAUAAUAUUGUUAUUUAGGUUUUAGCAAUUAGACAUUUACCCUUUACGCGAAAUGUACGAACAGUAUUCUUGUCAUUGUUUUAGUGACGUUGCAUUGGCAAAAGCUUAGUCACCAGUUCGCUAUAUAAUAAGUCAUGAAUAAAGCAAUAUUUUAUAUAGUUUGCUUGGUCACUAACCAAAAUAGAGGAAUUUUUAAUAAUAACUUAUUAUGUAAAACGUACACGCUAUUUUUGUUCGUUUAUCGCAUUGGCGACGGGUGAAAUGAUUAACUGUUUGACCGCCAACGACGUCAUUCCACGUCGACGAAAGGUGGUGCCCCAGACUCUUAAGACGGCCUUAGGCGUCAAGAAUUACCUAAAUAUAACUAUAAAACCGUCUUACAAGUAUGCUGCUGUAUACUUGUAAGAUUUUUGAUAAUAAUUAGAAAGUCAUAUUUGUGCUCACAAUAUUUGAUCAGUGAUAGACUCCGACCACGCUAAGUUUGCACCGAAUGGGCGGCGACUUUCGAAAACUUUGCGUGGUUCGACUAUACUGAUAUUACUUAGACUAGAUGGAAAAUAUGCUGGGGAACGGUUACUUGUCGACGUGAUAUGAAGUCGUUUG